UCGAACUCUCGAGUGUGUUUCGUCCACAGCUUUGUCUGCAUUUAGGGGGAAAUUAACGAAGACUGGAGCGACGGGCCAAUACCGAGCAAAUGGUAACGCCAUCAGUUUGUUAGACUUGACGAGGGCAGACAGCCGACGGGCUCUACAAGGCGUAAAUCUCCUGUGGAGCCAAGUUGCCUCCAGCCAAUGGCGUGCGCCCGUGGAGAAAGUGAACCAAUCAGCGCUCCCCUAUGAUGAAUAUUCAUGAAUUACUGAUUCAAACCUUUGAGGCGAGUUUGUGUAGAUCCACAGCAUCAUGCUUAGACUUUUCACAGAGACAAACUCCAUUUUCUUAUGAAUGGAAAGUGAAAAAAUCAGAUCAGCUUAAAUUGGGAUCCAUCCUUCACUGAGAUCAUACAAGAAAACAAAAAAGGAAGAGAAGGGACCAGCCAGAAGAGAUGACAAUGACCACGGUGCCAGAAAGUCUAAACAGCCCUGUGUCAGGGAAAGCCGUGUUUAUGGAAUUUGGGCCACCGAGUCAACAAAUGUCGCCUUCAUCCAUGUCUCAUGGACAUUAUUCCAUGCACUGUUUACACUCCGCCGGCCACUCGCAACAUGAAAGCUCGUACAGCACAGCUUCAUCUUUCCCUAGGUCUCUGGGUGGUUAUCCUUAUGUCAACUCGGUGGGCAGCCAUUCCUCCAGUCCAUAUAUCAGUUCAGUGCAGUCCUACCAAAGCAGCUCGACUCUGACCCAAACCAGGUUAGAAGACUCAGAAACAGAGAAGAACACGGUGGUGGAAGGAGGAGAAGUUCGGUUCAACGGCAAAGGAAAGAAGAUCCGCAAACCCAGAACCAUUUAUUCCAGUUUGCAACUGCAGGCUUUGAACAGGAGAUUUCAGCAAACCCAGUAUCUGGCGCUGCCCGAGCGGGCUGAGCUGGCGGCUUCAUUGGGGCUCACGCAGACUCAGGUGAAGAUCUGGUUUCAGAACAAGCGCUCCAAGUUCAAGAAGCUGAUGAAGCAAGGCGGCGGCACGCUGGACGCCAGUGCUUUGGCUAACGGCAGGGUUCUGACGGGCAGCUCCCCAUCGGUGCCCCCGGUCUGGAACACUUCGUCUUCUGGUAAAACCCCCACAGGGACUCCGGGGACGUACAUCCCCAGCUACACCUCGUGGUACCCUACGGCACACCAAGAAGCUAUGCAGCAACCUCAACUGAUGUGAUCGGAAAUUCAGUCUCUCCCACCCUCACUGCCGGACCGUAACAAAGGGACGUCCGGCCAGCACUAGCCAGUAACGAACGCACUGCACCCACUAGUCCACGGCAGACGAGCACAGAUGCGAUGCGGAGCGCUUUUCCUCGGGCUGACAGCUGACAGACAGGUCGGCCUCCCACCACCGUUAGUGCCCCCAGUGAGCCUGGGAGCAGAGCCGGGCCUCGUGCGCAGGGGCACCCAGAAUGUCUUUACGCGUGUUUGUAGCGAAUCCUCUUUGCAAUGGUGAAGAGAAUGGGUGACAACGCAUAUCUCUAGCUGAAUCUUCACAUAUCUGGAGGCUUUCAAAGCUGCUGUACCUCAUUUCUGUGUUGUUUUUUUUUUUUUUAGCGCCUGUGUGCAUGUGUCCUUCCGCCAAGUCCGUCUGUCCGUCUGUGCACCUCAUGGGUGGAUCAGCCACGCAAAGUGUUUCCACUCGAUGUUUAUGUUUUCGUUUGAUUCCGUUUAGGGAGUCGAAUAAAAUGUUAUUUCCCGUUAAAGGGGGCAUCCCCGUGCCAAUUUGGUUGUAGGCAUCAGGCGGGAGACUUUGGGUUACUGGAAAUGAAAGACGUACGUGGGAGGCACAAAGUGUUAAAACUGUGGCGACCCCCUGAGUCCUGUAGUGAUUUGAGCGGGGUAGACACGCUGAGGUCACCAUUCGGUUUGAGCGGCCUUUACGUGUAAAUGUCUUGUUUUAUUUAACCUAUUUAUUAUUAUUAUUAUUAUUAUUAUGAAAAUGAAAAUUGUCCACCGCUGGGAAAACUAAAAUCACAACCCAGCUAAACUCAUGGCGUCUGACCCAGGUCUGCCUACGAACUGAACACUGAGCCUCUCAAAAAUUCCCCCCCAAAAAAACGAAAUGAGGUGUCGCAGCUUUUAGACGAACGAAGCCUUUGAAAUAAAAAAAAA